AACCGUCUCAACAGAAUGCUUAAAGCCUCCUUGCUUUGUUGCCUACUUUUGGGCUUGUUCCUGGCUGUCUGCACGGCCUACAACGGACAGGAUAUCUAUGCCGAGCCAAAUUGUGACAUUGUUAAGGACCAUUCCCGCAAAUUCCGCGACAUUUCCGAUCCCACACACUACUGGGUCUGCCCAGAGGGCCAGGAGAAAGCCGAUUACAUUCAAUGCCCCGACAAUCACGCCUUCAUGGAGCCCGAACAGGGCUGUGUCGUCUGGGAGGAAUGGAAAUGGAUAGAGCCCUAUACUAAAUAAACUUUUGGCAUUUGUCCGACUAAAGCAAAACCAACACCAUAAAAACAUAA